AGUCAUGAAUUUCUUUACGAUGGCGUUUUUGGACCUGAUGCCUUACAAGAUCAAAUUUUUGAAGCAGUGGCUAUGCCUGUAGUGGACAGAUUUCUUCAAGGCUAUAACGGUACAAUAUUUGCAUAUGGUCAAACUGGUUCCGGUAAAACUCAUACCAUCGAUGGUAGCCAAAAAUAUUUUCAAGAUAGAGGCAUAAUACCUCGUAUCCUAUCAGCAAUUUAUGGUAACAUCAAGCAAAUAGAUAGCAAAGAUAUCUCUAUCCACGUUACUUAUAUGGAGAUAUAUAAGGAAGUAGGAUAUGAUUUGCUCAAUCCUGCAACAAAAGCUGGCUCUAUGAUUAUUGAGUUGCCAAGGGUUCAAAUAUUAGAUGGUGGAAGAGAAGGUGCACUUAUCCGUAACUUAUCUUCUCACUUAGCUUCAAACGAAAGAAUUGCUCAAGAUCUGAUGUUCCAAGGCAGAGCUAAUAAAAAAAUUGCCGAAACGCCUAUGAAUCAUAAUUCAUCUCGAUCCCAUACAAUAUUUACCAUUAUACAAACUACAACAUCUCAGGAUACCCCGACAAUUACAAGAUCUAAACUUCAUAUUGUUGAUUUGGCGGGGUCUGAAAGAGUUUCCAAAUCAGGGCUAUCGGGCAAACAUUUAGAAGAGGCUAAAUUAAUCAAUCUUUCUCUAUAUUAUCUUGAGCAAGUCAUUAUAGCACUACAAGAAGAUAUAAACUAUGCAAUUAACAUAUCUAAACAUGUGCCUUAUCGAAAUUCUCUCUUGACUAUGCUCUUGAAAGACAGCAUAGGUGGUAAUUGUUUAACAUCCAUGGUUGCUACCAUAUCAAGUGAUAUGCAUAAUUUAAUGGAAACUAUGUCGACUUUUCGAUUUUCACAACGUGUUGCUUGCAUCGAAAAUUAUGCGAGACGAAAUAAAGAAUUAAACGAUAAAACUAUUAUUAAGAAACUAAAGGAGAGAAUAGUUCAACUUGAAGCUCACUUAAUUUCUGGUGAAAGUGAGGAUCGCACCGAAGUUCGACUUUCUCAGGUAUCGCAGCAGCUAAAGCAACUUCUUGUAAAUAAAAGUUCUCAUGAUGAUCCUGAUUAUCGA